AUGUCGGUUUCCUUGAUUACUGGUUCGAUUCUUACCUUCCCCGAUCUUCGUCUCCGUCCAUCUCCGUCGUAUUUGACAAUCUCCUCACCACGGACACUUUCUCUCUCUUCCCGUAGUAAACCGUCUUCUCUGCACCAGUUUUCUCAGAUCUCACCCCCGAUCAAAAUCACCGCGAGAGGCGCCAUGGAGACGACGGCGGAGACAAUUUCCGGCGGUGUUCCCAACGCUACGAUGAAACUACUGUUCGUUGAGAUGGGUGUGGGUUACGACCAGCACGGGUACUUGCAAAUCUACGUUUGCGAUUUCAGUUGUUCUACUCUCAAAAUUAGCGUUUUGAUUCAAAAUCUUCAAAAAAAAAUCGAAACAGGCAAGACGUGA